UCAUGCCGGCCUGGCUACUUGGUUCGGCGGGGUUUGUACGGAUAGAUAUUGUUGUUUAAACACCAUUUUAUAAGAACUGUAUAUUUUCCAUGAUGUUACCACAAUUGUGGAAAUGAAGCAGGAUAAAAUAAUUUGAUUCGUGUAAAGAAAAGAAAAAGUGGACAACGAACAGAAGACGCAAAGCGAGGACAAUCAUGUGCAGAAUGGUAAAGCCUGGUCACUACUCUCUGGUGAUGUGCUAUAUGUGGUUGUGUUGUUUACCAAUUUCAUUGACAUCCCAUAUAGACAUAAAAACGAAAAAAAUUUUGAAGAAUUUCCAGCGAGAGAUUGGAGGUCAUGUAAAGGAAGAGAGACUUGUUGCCAUUGACACAGCUCAUUCAACAAUUUCAAGAGAAAUUCAUCUAUCAGGCUUUCAUAGGUAUCUUGAAACAAAGGUACAGCUGCAAUUGUCAUCACAAGAUUUUGAAAAUUCCCUCACUUGUCACAUUCUGAUGAUUGACCACUUACCUAGUGGGGCCUUUGUGGAUCUUGACCAAUUAGAGAAUAGAUUAGAGUUUGGAGGACCUCAAGUUUUGGCUUUGGAACACAUUGAUGUUGAGAAACCACAGUAUUUGUCAAGCGGCCAUUCUAUUUUAAGUUUUCAAACUAAGGUGUUCCCGCCAACGUCUUCUAAUUUUAAUAUAGAAACAGCUUUUCCAAUUCAUCUUCGGUACCACCGACCAUCAAAUCAUCCGACGGUGAAUUUCGCUAAUGUUACCAUCCAUCCUCCCGACAUGAUGGUUCGAUGCGAUUCAGAUCAUGGCGAAUUGUCUCAUCAGAAAUUAGACACAAGGAUAAUCCUUGGCCUGUGUACCGCUAUGAAAAAAAAUCUUUGUCACUGGCAGCUACUGCAGAGAAAUGAGUCCGCGUCAGUCAUUCUUCAAGUACCCGUUGGACAGCAUAGCGACACGGUUGUUGUGUUACUUGGAACAGUUGCUUGCGUGUUCGUUGGUGUGUUAUAUCUUAUCUACAUCUUGUUGAAAACUACUCAAGAGCAAAAGUUACAUUUGGAUAGUUGAAGUUAAUAAUGAAAUCUGAAUCUGAUCUGACCUGUUGCCCUAGUUCAAUUCAGCCCUAUCGCUGUCUUGUGCAAGUCUCAAUCAAUUGCCUACCUGUAUCUUAUACACAUAAAUUGUAAUAAUAUUUUCAUCAGUGACAUAUCUAGGGGAUUAUCGUGGAGGAUGAUGGAGAGGUGCAUGAUAGAAAAAUGUGGGGCACUCCUUGGGGUAUCGAUGUAAUAUUCUAGCCGUGGGGUCGUGUCAAUAUUUUAAACAACUUGAGCAUAACUGCAUUUGAGCAAAGCAUAGGGAAACAUUUUUUCUGGGGCUUGCAUCGCUAGAUAGGUUGAAUGGUCCUUAUUGAAAUGUUAUAUUUUUAUUAUUAUUUUAAUGUAUUUUAUCUGGUUUGUGUAUGAUACUUUUUAUGAAUUUGAAUGUAAUUGUUGUCUUUUUGUACUGGCCUGUGGGAGACAAUUAGAGGACCUACUGAACAUUUGCCCAAGUAUAAAGAAAUAAAUAACCUAAAAUCAUUUUUAUAAUGUUUUAUUAAUACCAUAAUUUACUAUAUAUGCUCAUUGUCUAUUCAUUCUUGUAACCAUAUCUGGUAAUAGAAACCUAGAAACUGUUUACAUUUGAUCCUUUAUUUUUGUAUAGUUUGAUUACUUUCAAUUGAAACUUUUAAAAAAAAUUGAUCAAAACUCUGUAAUAUUUUAUUCCACUACCAGGUUUUGUCUGUUUGCUUUCAUUAACAUUAAAUUGGUUCUUUUUUUAUAUUUAAGUUUAUAGGCAUCCAUAUAUUUUCCUUAAAUAACUGAUAAUUUUUUUAUUUCUAAUAUUUAUUUUCUUUUCUAUGUGAUCCUCUAGUGAAAACGGAGCUGCAUAUCCCUGAAAGUGUUAUCACAAUAAAUAAAGAAGUAUUGUUUACAUGGUUUUAGUAUUAGGAAUAAAUAAAUUUUAUAUGUAAAUACAUUGAGUGUUUUAGAGUAAAAUGAUUUGAGCCCAGGACUAUGGGUGAUGGCAGUCUAACCACAAAAUCUGUUUUAUAAUGGAAAAUAUAUUUCUACAUACUAGCUCUAGUAAAAAAUAUCUCUGACCUUUUAAAGAAGUAAUUUCUUCUUAAAGAAUAUCUGGAAAAACAUAUAAGAAUUAAAUUAAGACAUUUAAUUGAUCAUUAAAAAGAUCAAAAAGGUGUCAAUUUCUGGCAAGACCUGACAGAUUUACAGAUAUUGCUACGGAAAUCCUUAAAUUGUCUGGCAACCAAUUUAAGGAUACAUCAAGCAUUAGGUAUUAUUUAUGCCUCUGUUAAUUGGAUUUUUUUUUCCAUUCCAAUAACAGAUCCACACAAGAAAAAAAUGUUACACACGUCCCCUGCUAGGAAAAUUUUAGUCACACAUCCGUGUGUCCGUGUGAAUGCCAGUGUUUAAAAUUAGCCUGUGUCCGUGUUAUAUUCAUGUCAGAAAACCAGACAACACGGAGGUAAGCUGUAUUAGCAUGUAUGUGCAUAUUCAGAGGACUUGGCUUACCUUUCACUGCGGCGUCGCGCACGUCUUCACUGCCUGCGUUUUAACAUGCUAAUUCACUUGUGUGAAGUUAAUGGUAACUUGGUAGGGAUAUCUUGUCCAGUCCAUGUAACAAUUAGCAUACAUCCCCUGUAAAAGUUUGUCUCGUGUAUUGGGUGUUAAUAGCAAUAACUUAAGUUAUAUACAAAGUAAAUAUGAUUUUUUUAAAUCUUUAAGUUUUAGUGUAUAAUGAUUUGAAUCCAAGACGUUGGCAUUAGAUCGGUGGCAGCCUUUAUGUGGCAAAGACCCUUGGAGGCCAUGCAAAGACAAGCCAAACCAGUCACUCGUUGCAAAUCUUGUUUUGGAGAUAAUGGCCAAAAUAUGCUGGAUUGUCAACAUAUUUUAAAUCUAUUUUAUUGCACUAAGCUUAAUCUUUAUAUAUCUAUCUAUACAUCAUGCUAUGUUGUUAUUUUCCCCAUUUUCAAUGUUAAAACAACAAUUUGUUGAUGGUUUCUGCCCGAGAAAUUCCCGAAAUUGUAAACUUUAAAGGCUGAUUUCUCAAAUAUUGUUCUUUAAACAGCUGUAUGUUAAACUUGCUUCAUAACGAAAUGUCUCAUUUUACUGUUUAACACUGUAUUACUAACAAAAUUUUUUUUUGGCGAGGAUUGACUGGUUUGACUUGUCUUUUGCCACAUAUAUAAAUAAUUUUCAUCUAUAUUGGAAUUUAACCCAAAAUUUGGUUUGGAAAGGAAAACACACUAAAGUACAGCAUUACUUCACUAAUAAUUAGUCUACAAAGCUGUUUCAGUGUCUUGUUCUUGUGUUAAAGCAAUUUUUUUUUUAAUAGGAAGGAAGAAACCUUGGUUAAUUGCCCUACUUCAGUAAUUUCUGUAAAAAUUCAAAAGGUUGCAAAAGUGCAAGCCAGAAAGUACAACGAUCAAAGAGCCGACAUUUUAUGCGCUAUAGAUCAAUGGCAUUACGCAUAAAACAAUUUGUACUUGCGCAGACGUUGGCCUGAAUCAAUCAAUCACACAUUCAUAAUUUCCAUACAACAAUAUAAAAUACCUAAUAAAUUUAAAUAUGUGGGUGAUAUUGAACUGUUCAAUCAAAUAAAUUAUUUCAUUUCUAAUGUGAUCAAAAAGACAAGCCAAACUAGUCACUCGUCGCAAAAAUUGAUUGUUAGUUAAUACAGUGUUGAACAGUAAAAUGAGAGCUAUAAAAUGUAAAAGAAUCAUUUAAAUCCAACAUUUCAUUAUGAAGUUAGAAGUGUUUAAACAUACAGCUGUUUAAAGAACAAUAUUUGAGAAAUC